GCUCGGCAGCAGAGGACCCAACCUCUCCUGCCUGAUGUAACCGCCUCUCACUUCCAGUAGGAUCCUCACCCCUCCACACGAGGUCCCACGCCAAAACUAUUUCUCAAGUAUCACAGCUCUUAAGACUGCAUCCACAAUGCAGAACCAGUCAUCAGUGGUGGUUAUGACUCAACCUGGAUUUGUUCGCGCACCCCAGAACUCCAACUGGGAGACGGGCAUUUGUGACUGCUUUAGUGACUGCGGAGUGUGUCUCUGUGGCACAUUCUGCUUCAUCUGUCUCGGGUGCCAAGUUGCAGCCGCCAUGGACGAGUGCUGUCUGUGUGGAACGAGUGUGGCGAUGAGGACUCUCUACCGGACCCGAUACGGCAUCCCUGGCUCUAUUUGUGAUGACUUCAUGGCCACUCUCUGCUGUCCUGUUUGCUCUGUUUGCCAAAUCAAGAGGGACAUCAACAGGAGGAGAGCCAUGAACAUGUUCUAAGGGAUGGAUGGUAAAAGAGCUACAAUUCAAGCAACUAAAAUCACCAGACGUCUCUUCAGCCUGAGUAUUUCUCUCUCUUCUGCAACUGAAAUAUGGAUAUUUUUAAUUAUGAUAAUGGCAUAAAAGACCAGAUUUUUGGUUUAUUUUGAAAUGAAUGUCUCUUAGUUUCUCUUUCAGUGUCAAAAUUUCUGGUUUCCAGAUUUUUUUACAUUACGUUUAAAAUACAUACCAAAUAAAAGAUUUUACUAACAAGA